AUGCGUAUUGGCACGAAAGUAAUGCCUUGUAAUCUGUGUGUGCUUGAUUGGCAAGCAAAUGGUCACCAGCAUGAACCGCCUUCUGAAUCCCACUCUGCUAUGAUACCGCCCUCCAAUGAGAACACACCAGUCUCCGUGCCAGAGGUCCAAUCGAACACCGAUGCAGUUUCACUAGCUGUGAAACAUCAAGAAGCACCAGCCAAGCACCAAGCCAAUGCGGAAACCUGUGUGGAGGCCCUUGACUCUGUACCACCACCAUGGACAGAAUUUCCCACGCACGAAAAAUUGCUGGCAAGGUCGAGCUACAAUGGCUCACAGAAUAACAACUGGCCACAACACAUCUAA